AUGUCGGAACCUUCAGAGAAAAAACAAAAAGUAGCUAAUUCGUCCUUGGAUCAGUUGAAGAAGACAGGAACUCGUGUAGUAGCUGAUUCGGGAGAUUUUGAGGCCAUUUCGAAGUACGAACCACAAGACUCGACAACCAAUCCUUCUCUGAUAUUGGCUGCUUCAAAGCUGGAGAAGUACGCGAAACUUAUCGACACUGCCGUCGAGUAUGGCAGGAAGCAUGGUAAGACCGACCAUGAGAAAAUCGAGAAUGCCAUGGAUAAGAUCUUGGUGGAAUUCGGUACGCAGAUUUUGAAGAUUAUUCCAGGCAGAGUUUCCACUGAAGUGGACGCAAGAUUGUCUUUUGAUAAGAAGGCCACGGUCAAAAAAGCCCUUCACAUCAUUAAAUUAUAUAAAGAUGCAGGCGUACCUAAAGAAAGAGUCCUGAUCAAAAUAGCUUCUACAUGGGAAGGUAUACAAGCUGCUAAAGAAUUGGAAGCAAAACAUGGUAUCCAUUGUAACAUGACGUUGUUGUUUUCCUUUACUCAAGCAGUGGCAUGUGCAGAGGCAAAUGUCACUUUGGUUUCUCCAUUUGUGGGAAGAAUCAUGGACUUUUACAAGGCCCUGUCAGGUGAAGACUACACUGCAGAAACUGAUCCUGGUGUUCUUUCUGUCAAGAAGAUAUACACCUACUAUAAGAAGCACGGCUAUGCUACUGAGGUGAUGGCGGCUUCCUUUAGAAAUCUAGGCGAGUUGAAGGCCUUAGCGGGGAUCGAUGACAUGACUCUACCCCUGAACAUUUUGGAACAGUUAUAUGAGUCCACAGAUCCUAUUGAAAAUAUCUUGAACACUGAAACUGCUAAGCAGGAAGGUGUUGAAAAAGUCACUUUCAUCAGCGACGAACCCCACUUUAGAUAUGUCCUAAAUGAAGAUCAAAUGGCUACAGAAAAACUAUCUGAUGGCAUCAGAAAAUUCUCUGAAGACAUUGAAGCGCUAUAUAAGCUGGUUGAGGAAAAAAUGUGA